AUGUCCCCACCAACAGAUACCAUAGAGAAGCAGAUAUCAGAAUUGAAUAUUGAUGAGAAUUCUCCAAACGUUAUUCAUCAAAAGAAGCUAGCUGCCGAGAGGUUGAAUAAAGCUAAAACAAAGCGUGAUCAAGAGAUUCAAAAUUUAAAAGAUGAGCAAGCCACGAAUGCAAGAAAAGGCGAAUUGAUUCAACUACACUCCGGCCUCGUGGAUGAAUGCAGGCAAUACAUUAAAAAGUUUGUUGAUCAACUGAUGGAUUGGACGAAUAUGGAGUUAGCAAUUGGACUUGAUAAGAAGAAACCCGGAUCAAUCGCUAGGUAUUUUGAAUUACCAUUGCAAUUAAAGGAAAAUCGAUUUGUCGUUAGAUUGAAGGAUCCAGAUUGCUUUGAUGACAGUAAAGGUAAAUUUGAUGUCUCUGAUAGUGACUCCAAUAACGAAUCUGAGUCUGAAUCUGAGUCUGGAUCUGAGUCUGGAUCUGAGUCUGAAUCUGAGUCUGAUAGUGGCCAUGAUACCGAUGAAAAGAGUGGGACAAGGACCCCUACAAAUGUCACAUCCCAAACCCAGUCCCCUGACAAGUACACAAACGAAGGAGUACUGGUGAGCAUAGAUUACACUUUGAGUUCCUACGCUAAUGCUAGCAUCUACUUUGAAAGCAAGAAAGCUGCCGAAUCAAAGCAGGCAAAGAUUGAAAAGGGUGCUGAAAUUGCAUACAAAAAUGCCGAGAAGAAGAUCAAUCAGGAUUUGGUGAAAAAUUUGAGACGUGAAAAUGGGACCUCUUCCAACGCGGAAAGAGAGAAGUUUUGGUUUGAAUCAUUUUACUGGUUUGUUUCAAGUGAAGGGUAUCUAUGUUUGGCCGGUAGAAGCAAAUCACAAACUGACUUACUUUAUUUCAAGUACUUUAGUGAUGAUGAUUUUCUUGUGAGCUCUGAAAUUGAAGGAUCGUUGAAGGUUUUUGUUAAAAAUCCCCUCAAAGGGGAAUCUGUACCACCAACGACAAUUUUACAAGCAGGCAUCUUUGCAAUGGCUGCUUCGCAAGCUUGGAAUGGGAAGAUUAAUACAGCAGCUUGGGUAUUGCAUGGAAGUGAAAUUUCUAAAUAUAAUCUGUCAGGUGCCUUGCUUCCUGCUGGUGAGUUUGAAUACCUUGCGAAAAAGCAUUUCCUACCUCCAGCUCAACUCGUUAUGGGCUUUGGCUUGUAUUUUUUGGUUGAUGAAGGGUCAGCUGAAGGACACAAAAUUCAACGUGUCCAAAAGGAAAAAGAGCACGGUUUGGUGAGGGUAUUGGAUAAUAAAAAACGAGUAUUUGAAAAGACAAAAGUGACAAAUGUAAAGACAGAGGAUGAUGUACAAGAACCUGUGCGUGAACAUGCACACGACGCUAGUGAGAAAGAUCCUGGAAUCGACGAUACUUCAAAUACUAGGGGCAAGAAAUCCAAAUCGAAGAAAAAUGUUUCAAAGUAUGACGAUUUUGAUGCUGAGGAGAAGGAAUUAAGAAUGAAGUUGUUGGGAAUUGGCAAGAAGAAGGAAUCUCAAAAGGAGAAGAAGCUGCUGCUGCUGGAUACACCAAAUGUGAAAGGAGAAACAAGAGAGGAAACUAAUCAAAAACACGAGAAAGAGGUGCAAGAAUAUCUACUUGAAACAGAUGCGGCGAAUGAAACACUCUCCUCAUUCUUUGACACGUUGGAUUUCCUAUCAUCCAAACCCGCAGUUGGCGAUACAGUGCUUGAUAUAGUUCCCGUGUUUGCACCUUGGUCAGCGUUACAGAGAUUCAAGUAUAAAGCAAAGAUUCAGCCAGGAUUGGCCAAAAAGGGUAAAUCAAUUAACGAAAUCAUCAACUAUUUUACUCAUAGACGUUUGGAUAACAAUAGAUCUGAUCCAGACUUGGAUUGGCCAACUGAAAGAGAACUUGUUAAUGCUGUCAAGCCCAAUGACUUGAUGGGUGUAUUUUCUGUGAACAAGAUGAGAUUGAUUGUUCCAAAGAAUAAGUAG